UCACAAGGCUAUACAGCAAAAUGCUUUGCUGCCAUUAAAAGGAACGUGAGAAUGGAGGCAUUGAUAACAACCUCACACACAACCACCCCUAACCUUACACCCCAAUCCUAACCGACCCCACGCAUUUGUUCAUCUUCUCCAUUCAAACCCUCCUCAGAAAAGUUAUGCAUAAUCCAAGAAAUGAAUUUUCUCACAGAGUUGAUUACAGAAAUGAAAGUUAUGGCAAUUGGGGUGCUGCUGGUUUUCGCAGAAACUUAGCCCAAGACUAUGAGAAUCAUAGAAAUUUGAAUAACGAGGGAGUUCAAUUUAGACCUAAUCUAGUUAUGGAAGAAGAUGAUUCUGGUGUUUUUUCACCACCUCUAUGGAAAAAUAGUCCCAGUCCACCAAAAAGUCCUUCACAACCUCUCCUUCACCACCAGAAUUAUAGGGUAUAUUCCCCAAAUUCAAGAGCACAGGCUAUUGCUAGAGGGCAGUGGGAACUUAUGGAAAUGGUGAAGAAUAUGCCUGAAUCUUCUUACGAACUCUCCUUGAAGGAUCUUGUUGAACAUCAUAGAAUAGAAGCUCAAAAUCAAGAUCAGGAUCAAGUAGAAAGAUUGAAUAAAGAGAGAAAUCAUGGGAUUCAGGGUUUACAUCAGAGAUCAAAGAAAAAUGAAAAGAUGAUUAGAAAUGGGAGUUUUGACAAAAGGGGAUUGUUUCUCAAAAUGGGUUUUCCAACUUUUUUCAAAUCGAAGAAGAAAAAGACAGUUGUUAACAAUUCUAGCGGGAAAGUUUCGCCUAAACCCGAGGGAUCGUCUGAUAAGGAUUGGUGGAUGAAACGAUUUGGCGGUUCAAGCGACAGUGAUAGCAGCAGAAGUAGAACUGGCAGCACAGGCAGCGGCGGCAGUGUUCGCAAAGACAGCAGCAGGAAAAGAAAUGGCCUCUUAAGCAGCUGCUGGCCCUGUUUUCACUCCAGGAGAAACAAACCUGAAGAGUAGAGAAAACUUCUCCAGCAUAACGUUUUAGAUAAAAAGUACAAUACUUGACAAGAAAUUUUAAGUGGAAGCAUGUGUAUAUUUUCACGGCUCGUCUGGUACGCACUCGACAGUGUUAAGUUGUGCUAAUUAUUGCGUGCCAAUGUUCAGUUUUAUACAGCGUUCAGAAAGCUUAGCCUGUGGUUGGUUUGUCGUUUUCAGCUCAUUUUCCGUUUUCCGUUUUCGAAAACGCGGAAAACACUUUAGUCUGUCGUUUUCGAAAAUGAGUUAAAAUUUAUAACUGAAAACACAAAACGACUUUUUAUCAUUUUUAGCGUUUUCAGUUAUAAAUGUCAAAAAAGUUCAAAACGUGAAAAACGAGCCGUUUUUGGGGAAAACUAAAAAUCGUUUUGAAAAUGAAAAUAGAAAUGAAAAUACAAACCAACCACUACCUAAAUUUUUGUCCGUUGUUCUGUCUAAGUUGAUUACCAAAUAUAUGCCCUUUAAUGCAGCAGAUUGUUAUUCUUUACAGUGGACUUCAACAUAAAUCUAAUUUAUUUAUUUAUUAUCA